AUGACAAUUUCUUAUACAGGCAAUUUUUGUCGUUUGUUGAUGAGGUGGAAAGGAAGUAUAUGGCGAUUAGUUUGGAGAGAGCUUGCUAUUUUCCUUUUUCUUUACUAUACGAUACGAUUGUUCUAUACACAAGUACUAACCAGGCUUGAUGAUGAUGAUGCCGAAAAAUACAGAAGGAUAUUCGAGCAAGUGGCAUUGAUGUUCGAUGAUUAUACAAGAUUACUGCCGUUAACAUUUCUUUUGGGCUUUUACGUUUCAAACGUCGUCUCCAGAUGGUGGCGUCAAUUCGAGUCGUUAGCGUGGCCCGAAGAUAUGCUUUCGGUGCUAUGCACAGUGAUUCCUGGAAAGGAUGAAAACAGUCAGCGUCGUAGGCAUACAAUCGCACGUUAUGCCAACUUAACUGCAGCACUUGCUUGGCGUGAGAUAUCAAGCAAAAUUCGAAGACGUUUCCCAACACUGCAUCAUAUAGUCGACAGUGGUUUAAUGACUGAAAGUGAACUUGAACUUCUUAACGCAAUUAGUAGUGAAGCGAAAAGUGUACGUUGGUUGACUCCAUUACAUUGGAUUCAACAGAUACUUAGUGAAGAAAUCAAAGAACACGCGCCAAUGGCAUCAUUAACGAAUCAUUUCGUUCAAGAACUCAAGCAGUACCGAUCCUCAUUUCGAAAAUUAUUUUGUCACGACUGGGUUUGUGUGCCACUCGUAUAUACCCAAGUUGCUGCACUCGCAACUUAUGCUUAUUUUGGUUUCUGCCUUAUGGGACGACAGUUUCUCGAUCCUCACAAGAAAUAUAAACGCUACGAAAUCGAUUUUGUGGUUCCAAUAUUCACCAUUGUCCAAUUUCUCUUCUUUGUUGGAUGGUUCAAGGUGGGUCAAGAAUUGAUGCGACCGUUCGGCAUGGAUGAUGACGAUAUCGAAUUGGACUACAUAUUCGAGAGAAAUGUGACCAUAUCGUUUGCAAUUGUUAAUACUCUACAAAUGAACGAUCACGUACCAUUAGAAGAUGAUACGUUUUGGUUGAGUAAGCAUCAAGGUAAAGCGCAGUCAAUUCCGUAUACCGGUCUUGCGUGCAAGACCAGACAACAUCGUCCGAUAAGACACGUGCGUUCUUAUCAACCGAUUAAGCAUGAUGUCGAGGAGGGAAAUACCCGCUGUGGAGCUAUAAUCAAAAAAUGGAGAGGAUACGACCGUAACGGUGCCCGCACUUAA